CCAUCUGCAAAUAAUUGCUGGUUUCGCAGAGGGGCGGAUCAGUCUGUCCGAUGCGCCUCCACACAUACUGACUGAAACCAAGCGAAUCCCGGCGAGAUAUCCGACAGUCUCAGAGGAGCUGGACCGGGGGGGACAUCACCAUGAUCAGCACCAUGGAAUGCGGGGCGGACGCGCAAAACUUGAUCUCCAUUUCCCUAAUGAAGAUCCACAACUCCAGGACGCAGAGAGGGGGGAUCAAGCUGCACAAAAACCUGCUGGUGUCCUACGUGCUGAGGAAUGCCAGGCAGGUCUAUAUCAAGGAGAAGUACGCCGAGAUCUACAGGAUGCAGCAGUACGAGGAGGUCAUGACGGUCUGCAACGAGAUCCAGGAGCUCGACCCACUGGAUCUGGACGCGGAGGACGACGAGGAGCACGCGCGGACGGCUUGCUGCGGCGAAGGGGCGAGUCCGUGCGGCUCGGUGUGCCACCGAGGCGCGGCGCAGCCGGCGGCGCACGCCCGGACAGCGAGCGCUGUGUUCGGCUGCGCUUCCCUGGAAGAGGACACCCGGGAACCAGAUCCCUCGUACUACCGGAGCUGCUGCAUGGAGGCGUCCCCUGCGCCCCACUGCGACCAGCUCCCGGCCAGCGGCAGCGCGCACUGCAACAAGACCACGGUGCUGGAUCUGGACACGCAUGUGGUGACCACCGUGGAGAACGGCUACCUCCACCAGGACUGCUGCUGCGACGCGCCGCCGCUCGGCCAGGGCGCGCAGACCCCGGCCAAGAAGCGCAAGGUUGAGCCCGGCUGUUACGUAUCCGACGUGGAGGAAAUCUCGGACUUCACUGCUGCGCGCAAACGGGCCAAGCGCGAGGACUGUUCCUACCACAGCCUAGACUACACGGACACGUCCAACAUCUCCAACCUCAUUUCCAUCUUCGGCUCGGGGUUUUCGGGGCUGCUGAGCAGACAGGCGGACUUGGAGCAGAUCUGUAGCAAGCAGGUCCUGGCUAGUCUGGGGGCAUGGACCCGAGCGAUCGUGGCGUUCUGACUCGCACCCUUUAUUCCAGGGGACACACCGGGUUCAUUCGUAUCGUGAAGUAUUAAAGUACUAGAGGAGGUCGUCGGGGAACACUUGGCCACACUCAGGGGAAUGUUGCUGAUGACACAGGCGGUUUCCCAUGUUGCCACUUCAGCAGAUGUGCCAUUAAAAGGACCAUGGAAGACUUGGUGAACGUGUCCAUGACGGAACGUUUUCAGCCUUCUUGGAUAAAGAGACGCUCUUCAAAAAGAAAAGGGAGAUGGUCGUUUGCGUCACACGGUGAGGUUGUGUGCAGGAGAUGCAUGUCUGCAGGUGACACUCGAUGGGACCGAUGUAAUGGAAUCACUUCCGAUGCCUUAAAACAAACGCACACCGCCAACACACACGUCUCUCCUGUUCUGGGCCGACGGGCCUUUUGGAAAGACUUUGUUGUCUUGAGUGAAGACUUUGAGGUGCACAGAUUCCAACUCCCAUCACUUAAUCCGACACUUUCGCACUGGAACACGCUCUCCCAGUAUGAGGUAGUGAGCAGUGCUGGUAGCCCCCCCCCCCCCAUCUGAAUCACGGUUGUUGCUCAAAGUUAUUCAUAAUUCCAACAUGUUGUGGUUUUGUGAGUUUUACGGUGUUUUGUGAAAUAAUGACUUCAGCCCUUUUGUUUUAAAAAGGCAAACUCCUGAUGUAGCCACACGCCGAGAAUCCACACAGUAGCUUUAUGAGCACUAUGUGUACCAAAAUGAAGAGAGUAUUCAGCCAUUCUCUACACAUUGUCUUUAUUCUUGUAUAUUUGUGCUUACUGAAUUGUAUAUCACCGGGUAAAACUGUUCCAGAAAAUAUUUGUUUAAAAUGUAUAAUCUUAAUAAAAAGUGCAAACUGUAAA